UUAGUUGGCUGCACAGCACUAUCAUACCGCACGUGUUCCCUUUUUGUUUAUGCGCGAUUUUAUAUUUUAAAAUGCAGUAAUGUUUGUCAACGAAGUGAACGAUGUGAAAAUCUACAACCUGAGCGCCGGCAAAUCGGUGCCAGAUUGGCUCACCGAUCGCCGCAAGCGCUCACAGCUGAUGAAGAAGGUUGACUCGAGGCGGCAGAUUGAGCUAAUCCAAGACUUUGAUAUGCCCGGCGUCUGCACAAGCAUACGCAUGAGCCCCGAUCAACAGUUCAUACUGGCGACGGGCACAUAUAAGCCACGUGUCAAAUGCUUUGAAGUUAGCAAUUUGUCUAUUAAAUUCGAGCGCUGCUUCGACUCGGAGGUGACGACGUUCGAGGUCAUCAGCGAUGACUACAGCAAGCUGGUGUUUCUGCAAUGCGAUCGCUAUGUAGAAAUCCACGCGGCACACGGACGCCACUACAGACUGCGCAUACCGCGCUUUGGGCGUGAUAUGAAGUACCAUAAACCCAGCUGCGAUAUGUUCAUUGUGGGCGUGGGUCGGGACAUAUAUCGUCUUAAUCUGGAGCGUGGCCAGUUCCUGCAACCGUAUGAAUCGGAUGCCAGCUGUCUUAAUGCUUGCGAAGUAAACCCCGAGCAUCAUCUUCUGACUGUGGGCAGCAAAGAGGGAACCGUCGAGGCGUGGGAUCCGCGCACCAAACAGCGUUGCGCCACUUUGGAUGUGGCCAUGAAACUGCCGGGCGUUAAAGUGUUUCCCUCGGUCACAGCGCUCAAAUUUCGCAAUGGAUUGCAAAUGGGCGUGGGCACGGCUUCGGGACAUGUGCUGCUGUAUGAUAUACGCUCGCGCCAGCCACUACUAAUCAAGGAUCAUCUCAAUAAGGUGCCCAUUAAACGGCUGGCAUUUAAUCCCUCACAGAAUGCCGUCUAUAGUUUAGAUGAAGCGACUCUGAAGCUGUGGGAUGAGCAGACCGGCAAACAGAUUGCCUAUGUGGAGUCCACAUCAUCAUUCAAUGACUUUUGCACCAUUCCCGACACGGGCAUGUUCUUCUUGGCACAGGAAGAUGUCAAAAUGAUGACAUACUAUGUGCCUGCUAUGGGUCCAGCGCCGCGUUGGUGCAGUUUCUUGGACAAUCUAACUGAGGAGAUUGAAUCGGAGGUGGUGGAGAAUGUCUACGACGAUUAUCAGUUCGUAACACAAAAGGAACUGGAAGAACUGGGCUUAGAGCAUCUCAUAGGCAGCAAUCUGCUCAAAGGUUAUAUGCAUGGUUACUUUAUGGACGUGCGCUUGUAUAACAAAGCCAAGGCUGUUGUUGAGCCAUUUGCCUUCGACCGCUUCCGCAAGGAGAAAGUGCGACAGGAGAUCGAGAGUGAGCGCAAGUCGCGUCUGCAAAUUGAGUCCAAGCUGCCCAAGGUUAACAAGGAGCUGGCGCUUAAGAUUAUGGACGAGCAGGCGAAUCCCUCGAACAGCGCCAAGCAACGCAAUAUGCCCAGCUUGUUGCAGGACUCGCGUUUCAAGGCCAUGUUCGAAAACACCGACUUUGCGAUUAACAAGGAGGCCAAGGAAUAUCGACUGCUCGCGCCAGUGCUCAAUCGCCUGGACAAAUCGAAGGCGAAGGCGAUCAAGCAGCGUAUUGAAGUGGCGCCCGUUGCCGAGUUGCACGCGGAGGAAGCACAACCCCGAGAGGAUAGUGACAAUGAUGAGGAUCUGUUUGGUUUCGAGAAGAGCGAUGGGGACAACGAGGAGAGCAGCGGUGAUGACGCCUCUUCGGACGAUGAGGAUAGGCGCGAGUAUGUCAAGGAAAUGAAGCAGGCAUACAAGCAGGUCAAGCGACAGCGCGAAGAAGAGGAGGAAGCAGAGCAGGAGGACGAUGAAGAGGCUGAUGGUCCAGAUGAUUAUGCAGCGCCAAUAGCGAACGGAAAUGGAAAUAUUAAAGAUCCAGCACCCAAGAAGAGCGCAAACUUCAAAUUAACGCCUUUGGACUCAGAUCGGGGCAACAGCGUGGCAGAGCAGCGCAUCAAACAGGCCAGCCUGCAGGAUCGCGUUCGCGUCAUGUCCAGCCUGGAGGGCAAUGUAACGAAUGUGGGACGUUCCCUGGGCAAUCGUCAGAUGACCUUCGAGGUGAACAAAGAAAAGAAGGCCCAAUACAUGGCCAAAAAACGUGAGGCGGAGCUGAAAAAGCAUCGAGACGAACGCCGAGGCAUUGUGAGAAACAUCAAAUCCCUAAGAUUGAAGAGGGUUAACUUUAAGUAGAAACAUGUACAUAAUGGUUUAAUUUAUGUAAA